UCGGUCCAGCCUUCUCAGAGAAUGCUAGAGAUACUCGGUAAUGGCGACAGGUUUGCCUGCCCAUGUGACAAGGUGUAAUAUGGUGUGGGAGGUAAAGACAGUUCCUAAAAGUGUCCAGGAAUCCAAAACCGAUUGCCCCAGCAUGGAUGAGGCCUUUGACCUGCUCAAGUGUAAUGAGGACCUGCCAUCUUCACCAGGCUGCCCCUCUACUGAAGGCCCUAUAGAAUAUGAUGACUUGCCAGAACUACAGGAAGUGCAGGAUGACCAGUCGUCCCCAGCAGUGUUUCAGGUGACUCCAGGUGUGUCACAUGAAGAGAGGACUGAACAAGGCUGGAGCCCGCAGUCAGAAAGCAGUAGCAUCUCCCACACAAACUGGCUCACAGAGUUAGCCAACAUCGCCACCAGUCCCCAAAGUCCUUUACUGCAGAGUGCGCCCCAUCCCAGGUCCUCGCCUGUGCACAUCUUUGCUCACAGUAACAGUUUACAUUCCUACGCUCGGCCUCCAUUGGCCUCCAGCAGUGCUCCCAGUCCUGCUCGUAGCCACAUGAGAGAGCGUCGGCGCACGAGGGCUAGUAGUGAGUCUGAGUCUGGGGUAUUCUGUAUAUCUUCACUGUAUGAUGAUGAUGACAUGGGAUGGUCCCAUUCUUGGCCCUCCACAGUCUGGCAUUGUUUUCUGAAAGGCACACGCCUGCGUUUUCACAAAGGGCCAAAUGUGGAGUGGCAGGAGGUUGAGGAUGUGGCUGAGUGUGAGGAUGAAUCUGAUGAUGAAGGAGGCAUGCACCUCAGUCCCGUUAAAACAUAUGGAUGUGAGGGGUUGAAGCUUGUGGCCCUGGAGGAGACUGUGUCAUUUGGCCAGUCGAUUCUAAAAUUAACCUUUGAUCCUGGUUCUCAAGAGGCUGGUCUUCUAACUGCUGAGUGCCAAUUGGACCACCCAUUUUAUGUGAAAAAUAAAGGUUGGUCCUCCUUUUAUCCAAGCCUUACUGUGGUGCAGCAUGGUAUUCCCUGUUAUGAAAUGCAGGUUGGGGACUUGUGUCUGCCUCCAGGACACCGUGAUGCCAUCAACUGUGAUGACUCGACUGUUUUUGACACCUUCAGGAGUUAUGACUUCACCCCUCUGGACUCAUCUGCUGUGUAUGUGCUGAGCAGUAUGGCACGCCAGCGAAGAGCAUCCCAGUCAAGCGGGGGCACUGUGAGCCCUGACUGUGACAAGCUGGAGCGUUCUGGUUCUUCCCACCACUCCCCCAGUAGCAAAUCACAACGUAGCCACUCCUCAGGGGGAAGUGGAGCUACACCCACAAAAUGCAAACGGCCAAUGAAUGCCUUCAUGCUUUUUGCUAAGAAGUACCGAGUGGAGUACACGCAAAUGUAUCCUGGGAAAGACAACAGAGCUAUUAGUGUGAUUUUGGGUGAUAAGUGGAAGAAAAUGAAGAAUGAGGAGAGAAGGAUGUACACCAUGGAGGCUAAAGCGCUGGCUGAGGAGCAAAAACGCCUCAACCCAGAUUGUUGGAAACGCAAGAGAACCAAUUCGGGUUCUCAGCCGAAUUAGCCAUGCAACAGGACUGGGAGCGAUUGACAUCACCUAUGCCAUCUAACCGCCUGUAGGAGUGAGGAGACUUAACUGUGAUAAUAAAAAUCAUCAUAUAUAUAUAAAACAUACAUACAGUGGGGUCCAAACAUCUGAGAUCACGUGAAAAAGCUUCUAUUGGCAUUCUUUUCUAUUUUAAUUCACCAAAUUUCAUUACAAAUUAUAUUGCUGACAACAAAUUGAGUGAAAAGUAGAACCUUUGAGCUAUUUAUAUGAAUUUCAGAGUUUCUUAGUAUUUGGUAGGCUUUAAUGACAGUGGCCACUCAAGCUGGCAUGGGGUCCAUAAAGUUGCGCAAAAACAUUUUGGAUCAAAUCCAUGUUGCCUGAACACAUGCUUCAGUAGAAGAGAAUAGGCCUGAGGAGAAUCUGACUUUUUGUGCAAAACAGUUAACAUGGUCAAGAUCACAAAUUUGCUUACAUUUAAAUAGGGACCUAGAAAUAGUGCAGAAUCUUGAAUAAUAAAUAUUUAAGAUAUUGAACAUUUUUAUUUUUUGUUUUUAAAUGUUUCAAAAGUCUAAAACCUGUUUAUUUCCAAUUUUAAAUGGGAAAUAAAAAUCCCAGAAUUUGAUUGUGGUCUCAGAUUGUUAGACACCACUGUGUGUAUGUAUGCACCUACAUUACAAAGCAUAUUAUCUCUUAAACUAACAGUGCAUAUAUUUUUCUUAUUCUUUCAAAAAUUUAUGAAAAUGCCUUAUUCUUCCAAAGUAAGAAAAUGCUCACUUGUAUUUUCAGGUAAUUUUGUAUUUCUAUGCUUGAAAGGUGAGACCCUGUGGUGCUAUUUUCGUGAGAGCAAAGGAGCAGUAUAUAUAUAGAGCAAAAAAGUAUAUUUUUAAAUGUAAAAAGAGGAAUUUUAGAUGCUAGUCAGCUUGUUUUGCAGUUAUUCAUACGAGUUAUGUUCAUAUAACUCAAAAUAUUGCACAGACUCAUUGUAUUGCAAAUGGUCAAAUGUUAUUGAAUUUCAUGUUCAUCAGUGAACUGGGAAUGGUUGUAUUCUGUAGACACCAAGAUACCAGCCUAGACCAUAAACUGUGUGUGGGAGCACAAGCGAUGUGCAUAUAGGUGUUUGUGCACCCUCCAACCGGCCAUAUUGUAGUGUAUAACAUGCUUCUGCAAAUACACACACACAUAUAUAUUUACUUGAUCACAAAUGAACACAUACAUAGAUGCAUACAUACAUACAUGACAGCACAUAUUCACUCUCACAUACAGCACUUCAGGGCCAUGCCUUCACUGUAAGUGUUUUGUUUUUGCACUUUACGUACAUACAUAAAUUUGUACAACCAGUAAAUGUAUACAAACUGAUAUGUAUAAAAUUAUAUAUAUACUUUACUCACAGUCAUGGCCAAACUGUAUAGUUUAUUAUCUGCUUUCUGGGGUUGCCAUCACAAAAGAGAAAAAGAGUUGUUGAUAAUGUACAGGUCCAUGUUCCCAUUCAGUUCUUGCACAAAAUAUUCUUGUAUCAUAUUAUAAAUAAAGUUUUCAAAUUAUUGUA